AUGGAUGGUCAGGGAUCACGUGGUGAAGUUGUUUGUGAUGGAGGCACAUUCAAGUGUAGAACUAUACUAGAUCUUCUCCUUGAGAAGUCAAUCAACAUAGCCCAAAAAAAGAAGAAGAGAUCUACCAGAGCAGAAGCAAACAUGAAAGCCCUUUUCCUUUCCCUACUCAUUUGCACUCUUCUUUCACUCUCCCUCUCAAAAGAACGUUGCAAUUCCCAUGAUAAAAAGGUUCUCCUCCAAAUCAAAAAACAUUUUGGCGAUCCUUACCUCUUAGCCUCAUGGAAAUCGGACACUGAUUGCUGCACAGAUUGGUACCAGGUUGAGUGCGACUCCACUACCAACCGCAUCAUUUCUCUCACCGUUUUUGCCGGCAACCUUUCUGGCCAAAUCCCUGCUGCAGUUGGGGACUUGCCCUAUCUCCAGACCCUUGUGUUCCGCAAGCUGACAAAUGUUACAGGUCCCAUACAACCAGCCAUUGCCAAGCUCGUACACCUAAAGUUUCUCAGACUUGACUGGCUACAUCUCACUGGGACAGUACCUGACUUUCUAAGCCAACUCAAGAAUCUCACAUUCUUGGACCUGUCUUUUAACGGCUUAUCUGGAUCAAUACCAAGCUCACUAGCUUUGCUGCCAAAUCUUGGUGCUCUUCACUUGGACAGGAACAAGCUCACAGGUUCAAUACCAGAAUCAUUUGGUACCUUUAAAGGCAGCAUACCGGAUCUUUACUUGUCUCACAACCAACUUACUGGUGAAAUCCCUGCAUCCUUAGGGAACAUGGACUUCAGCGUCAUUGAUUUAUCGCGCAACAAACUUGUUGGUGAUGCUUCCAUGUUAUUUGGGCUGAACAAAACUACUCAAAAUGUGUAUCUCUCUAGGAAUAUAUUCCAAUUGAAUUUGUCAAAUGUGGUGUUUCCAAGUGGCAUGGCAAAUUUGGACAUUAAUCACAACAAGAUUUUCGGUAGCAUUCCUCCACAAAUGACGCAACUACCUUUGCAGUCCCUGAACGUGAGUUACAACAGGCUGUGUGGUCAGAUUCCUGUAGGUGGUAAGCUGCAGAGCUUUGAUUACUCCACAUAUUUCCAUAACAGGUGCCUGUGCGGAGCUCCGCUUGAAAACUGCAAAUAG